UCUCAAGCAGCCGUCUCAUCCAGAACAGGUUUAACUACAACUGCCUUCACUUCCUUAUUUAUGCCCUUAUUUUCGCGCUGAUAAUCUGCGAGCUCUGAGAAAGAUUCAACCUCGUCGUCAGAGCGCAGAUGAGAAGUUCACAAAACCAUCAGAGCUGAUUAUGGGGACUUCUCAGAGCAAGGAUAAGAUGCAGUGCAACAGGUACCUGAAUGGAAAAGGUCCUCCGCCGCUGACUGAGUCAGUUGUUCACGCAGGUGGUCAAGGACCAAACAAGAGCAAAAAGAAUAGCGUGAUAAAACAAGGAAACCAGCCAGACGGAGGGGAGAUGAAUUGGAACAUCGAGAGACGGAGUUUGCCGGGACAUGCUGACUGCGACACCAUUGAAAUCGUCUUUCGUUUUGAUGAUGGAAUCCAGUCGGACAAGCAUCCUCAUCCAGGACACAGAUACAAAGGCACUGCAUUUCUGGCCUUCCUGCCUCAAAACACCACAGGGACCAAGAUCCUCCGGCUACUGCAGCAGGCCUUCGACCACAAACUGCUGUUCACUGUCGCAGCCAAUAGCAGCGGUGAAUACUGCGUGAUGCCCGCAGACAUACCACUGAAGACUCUGGACAGCGGGGGACCUGGAAGCUUGGGCUAUCCAGAUCCAACGUACCUAAAAACAGUGAGGAAAAGUCUCAAGGUAAAGGGGAUCAAAUGAGAGAAAAUGGACCGCUACAGCUGUUGAUUCCUAACCUCAACAUGACCCUGCGCGAUCAAGAUAUAGAUAUAUAUGUGGCAUGAUUGCGUGGAGUUUCUACAGAUGGUAUGCAUGGUCAAGGCUGAUCAGUUUGAGAAUGAGGACCUUUAUAUGCCGAGACCAAGUUGCAAAGAUGCACGUGGUGACUUGUGAGAUGCGAUAUAUUUUCUAUAAAAAAAUGAAGAAUGAAGUAAGACAGUAUUGUAUACAUUGCAAGCCAUUGUAUAGUAUGUUUGUUUAAACUGUUUCAAAUAAUUUAAAAUAAAGAAAUUGUAAUAUA